GGGAGGAAAUUGUGUUAGUAGCAACUUGUCAUUAAGAGCUGGCGAACAAAAUCCUCCUUUCCAGUCAAGCAGAUGAGUCGAAGACAAGUUAAUGCUAUGUGUAAAUGUUCAGCAUUGCUCUGUCAAAUGAAGAUUGUGGCACAAUGGCUUUUACAUGUGAAUAAAAACCCAAUGCCCCCUGAGAACGGACCUCAGAGCUAGUGGCUGGAUCUCAGGUAUUUUGGCUAUGACAGAGCAUGUACCUGAGUGCUGAGCAUGGAGUGAGACUUCUCUGCAAGAAACAGAAUGAAAGAAACACUGCAGGGUCAUUUCAGUGUGUUGUUGGGUCUUCUCUGCGGUUUCGUGUUGGGUGAAGCUGAUUAUCUUCUCUUGAAACAAACUCAUCAUGUUGCCUUCAGCAAAGACCCAGUAUAUGUGGAUUUUUAUCUUUCAAAAAACAACACUAUAACAGCUCGGAAUGUAUCUAUAAUUCUGUUGGACCUUUACAACAAUCAGAUUGUCACCAGUAAAACUAUUGCUUCUAAUGAAACACAAGGUUCACUUGAAUUUGAAUGUUUUUAUUUUAUCUCAGCUGGCAUUUAUCAAUUUCAAAUGACUCAUGAGGAGGAAAACCACAGCAGCAUUAAUAACUGGAACGGCAGCACCUUGAAUGUUACUUGGCCAGUGUUUCACUUUGCUUUGAAUAGAACUUCGAAAGACUUACUAAGGUCCUUUCAAAUUGGAGUCUUUACCAACACACAGCUUUGCUCCGAGUUUCCUGGUUGGGAGCCACCAGUCGUCUUGGAGGUUGAACACAUCCCUAAUCUUCAAGAGAUGGGCACUGGUGUUUUGUAUAAAACGUUAAAGCAAAUCCCGUUGUCCACAUCCCAGUGGGUUGAGCUUGAAUGUGCUUCUGACAGGCCUGAAACUUUCAUUACACUAUCCCUGAAAGCUACACCUCUUGAUUUAAUCAUGGCUUUUGUUGGGCCAGUUAACCUUGUUCAGCUUUUUAAUUACAAGCUAAUAACACCACAAGAAGACAAAUGCGACACUUUAGUAAAUGUUAAUAUAAUACCACCUCCAUGUAAUUAUGCUCAAGGGAAGGUGGUUGUCUACAGUGAAAUCCAAAGAAGCCUGGGCAUUAUGUCAAUAGCAGAAAACGUCCUGGAAAAGGGAGAUAAUGCUGCUCACUUCAAUUGCACUUUAUUUGAUAUUGGAAGAAAUAAGUAUUGUUUUGAGUUCUUGAUGCACUCCAACAACAACCACUCAUUGCCAAGAGUUAAAGAAUGCAUGGAGAUAAGGAGAGAAAUAGAAGCAUGGAGUCUGUGGCAGGCAUGGAGUCCAUGCAGUACCACGUGUGGCGAAGGCCAAAGGGAGAGGCAUAGAGAGUGUCUUUCAACAUCCUCUAUAAAACCGUCGUGCAAUGGAAAUCCGAAGGAGAUUUCUCUCUGCUCUCUUGAAGAUUGCUCAACUGUAAAACCUUCAAGCAAGUCAACUGCACAAAGUGAAAAUGACUAUAUAACAAGUAACACAGUAACAAUAACCGGUAUAUUAUUAUGUCUCUUCAUCAUAAUUGUCACUAUCCUUAUCACUGUAUGGAGAAAAGUUAACAAAACUCAAAAGUGCAGUUCCUCUAUUAGACACAGCUCUGCCCAUUCUGUCAAUUGCCGUAAGAACUCAGAUGAGGAAAAUAUCUGUCAGUUGAGAGAGAGCUUUUCUGAUGCAGGAGAUUGUGGACUAGAAAGAACAGAUGAUAUUGUCCAAAUUCCUUUAACAUGCAGACAAAGUGUGCAUGUUGGAGAGGAACAAGAAGUAUUAGAAAAUGAUAAUGUUCAGAAAUUAAUUCCACCAAUUUUUAGUUAUCGUCUUGCACAGCAGCAGCUAAAAGAGAUGAAGCAAAAAGGAUUAACUGAAGCCACAAAGGUCUAUCAUGUAUCUCCAAAUCCCAUGGCAGACACUACAGUAGACGUCUCACUGGUACCACCACUAGGCACAGAAAAAUCGGAGGAGACUGCCACAAAUAAAUUUCGCAUCCAGUCUCCAUUUUUAGAGUCUAAACAUUUUCAUUCACGAAACCCUGGUGAUAAAAACAUCUCAAAGGCAGCUUACUCCGCAAUGCAGGGAACCAGCCCUAGCCAAACUAUGCCCAGGUUAUCCCACAUAAGAAAUCAAGAUGCCAAAGAAAGGCAUACUGAGAAAAGUAAUCAAAAAAAUAACUUCAGAAGAACAUCCAGUUUUCAUGAGACUAAACAUCACAAACCCUACAGGGAAAGGAGCUUAUCAACCCUUUCUCCACGACAAACAUUGUCCUACAACACUAGGACAAAGUCAUGGGAUAACUCAGCAGGAGAAAAGUCCAAACAUAAAUUGAAAAGUCCUGAACGUGUUUCCAGAGGAGCUAAUCUAACAGUAGAUACACCUGGGUAUAACACAAAACAUCCGUAUAUACGCCCAAUGGACAGCAAACCUGAUGUAUCUUCCAGUCGCUUUCUUGCGGCAAGAUCAUCUAAUGCAGAAAGGCCAGAGCAAAACAAAAUGAAGAAAGGACAUUCACCAGUUGAUAAGCCAUGGAACAGAGCCCAGGACAUUUCACCACCAACUUUAGAGAGUUACCAAAGGAAGGGUGCGCUCAGUCCUACACAAUACAGAAGGGAAAAAUGCCAAAGUUUUCCUUGGGGUACUGAAUUUAACUUUUAUGACAAUACAACAUUUGGGCUCACAGAGGCUGAGCAGAGAAUGAUAGACCUUCCUGGAUAUUUUGCAUCUAAUGAAGAGGAUGAAACAAGUACUUUAAGUGUUGAGAGAUUGGUCAUUUGAGUAUGGAGAUCACAGCCACUGAAAUAACUUGUCUCUGUUAACUAUGGUACCUUAUUCUUCAUUCAAGCGAAUGGGUUGUAAGGUGUUUUAAGCAUUUUUGUCAAAAGUCAUAAAUUGUUAAUUCCUCAUAAAACUGUUAAACGUUUAAUACCUCUAAAGUUGGAACAUUUGCAUACAAUGUGCUCUUGAAAAAAAAAAAGAUUUAUUAAAUAAAUGUAUGACCCUUUUAUACAUGUUAAAUAAAGAAACGUUCUUGGAAAAAA